AGGGUGCUGAGGGGCAUUGGAUAGAGUGAGCCAAUUAAUGGCGUUCAGGCACCGAAAAUUCCUGAAUAGGUAUACCCUUAAGCAUUGAAACGUGAGGCUGUGGUUUUGGACGAUUUCUGGGCGAAGCUAUGGCAACGCUACAGAGUUCUUCAAGCUAAGAAAGCGAGUGCUUGGGUGAUCACGCAUGAUUACUACAUCUUAAGGAUUGAGAAAGACAACUUAUGAAUUGACUUAGGGUUACUGUCUAGGAUCAGUGCCUGGCCUCUGUGCCAUUCAAGUGUGGAGAGUUUGUGCAUAGCUUGCGGAUUGAUGCUCCUGGGUUGUGCGUUCAGAGUUAUUUGUUUCAAUGACAGCCCAGAGAUGAGAGGUGUUGAUUGAUUAUGUGUAGGCUGCAUUUGCAGUUGGGUUAUGGAUGAUUGCUGAAGGAAGGCAAUUAGGGGAUUGUGAGACAUCUCAAGAUGAAGAAAUGUUGAUGGAGGGUGAGAUGAUUGUAGAGUACGGUGAUACCUGAGAGGCGAAAACAGCUGUUUCCAUGGCGGAGCAGCCGCAGCAGCGCACUAGUUGCGCGUGGCGAUGGGUGUUCGAUUCUUUGCGGGCUGCCGUGGAGCCUUCUACUUUGGUGCCGCAUCUGCUCUCUCAUGCUCCCACUCUACUGCAGUCUGCUACUCGAAUUCCACUUCGCGAGGUUGCAGCAGAUGUAUCUUUGUUGGUGCAAGCAGUGUCUGGGAGAUGGCUUCCUGUGGAUGGUGCUGAGUCGGCGCGCAUUUGCCGCAACACAUGUAAUUUGGUGAAUGAGAUCAGCUUUCGAAUCCAAUUGGAAUUUAGUACUCACGCUCUGCUCGCUUUAGUGAAGUUUUUUCAAGGAACUAUUUCAACAGCUACCGCAGUGAUUAUCUUGGAGGAAGAUGGUGGUGUUGACGCCAGUAAGGCGAAGAUUGAAGCCCUAACAGCUCUUGGGCAAGUAUUGCAUGACAACGCAGACCAGCUGCCUGUGGAUGAGGUCUCGUCUCUUGUUUUAUUUCUUCUGGGGUUAGUAACUCAUCCAGCGACAUCGUUACGCGGCCAGCAUAAUGGUUCAGGCUCAAGAGCAAUCGCCUCAGGUUGGUCUAGGAAUGUUGAUGACGAUAUGGAAGUUCAGAGGCUUGCGUUCGUAGCAAUAGGCAAUGUCUAUACACGAGCAGAACCAGUGAUAUCCAACGAGACUUGGAAAUUGACUGUACAGGAACUGCGGAUAGUCACUGAACGUUUUGCUUCUAAAGGCCCAUUAACGGAGGGUUAUGAUUCUUCCAGAUAUUUUGGAGCUUUGCUUCGAUGUGUGCAUCUUGUGCUGUCUGAGCGGAAGGGGUCACUAGAAGAGCAUGUAGCAUCCUACGUGGGGUUUCUACGCAUGUUUUUUCUUUACGGCUUGAGCAGUAGCCAAAUUCAGACUUCAGAAUCACGUUCAUGGAAAGAGGCGAGCGCCUACCGCCCUCCACAGCUGCGUAGUCCUGUCCAACCUCCUGCUCGCACUAACAGUGAGAGCACGAGCAUGGUAGAUGAAGCUGGUUCAAGGGGUUUCUCAUUCGAUUCUGACCAGAGUGACAGUGAUGGUUCUGUUUCGAACAAUGACCGCUACAAGAGCUCCAAGUGCCGGACUACUGCCAUCUUAAUUGUUCAGGUGCUGGCUAGGGCAGAUCCAAAGUCUCUGCAUGCACAUUGGGCUUUACUUCUUCCAACGCAUGAUGUUUUGCAACCCCGGCCUUAUCAAGCUACGCUGCUUACAACCCUUCUCUUUGAUCCCAUUGUGAAGGCUCGCGUUGCAGCGGCUACCACGAUAUCAGUUAUGUUAGAAGGUCCAGUACGUGCAUUUCUGCAUGUUGCGGAGUACCGGGAGCUUGCGCAAAAGAUCCCAUUUACAACGCUAUCGAGCACUUUGGGACAGAUUGUUAUCCAACUCCAUACUGGUCUUGUGCAUGUCGUGUCCAACGAAAAGCACAGUGGCACGCUCGUUGCUGCCCUUAAGGCCCUCUCUCUUCUUGUGACUGCGGCACCGUACAAUCGCCUGCCCUCGCUACUGCUACCGAAUGUCGUCCUCUCUGUAGCCAAGAAAACCCAAGAGUUGUUAAACUCGUCUACAGAUCAGAGCAACACAGUGACUGCAGCAGUUAAUUGUCUGGGCGCAGCUUUGAGCACUACUCCUGCAUCCACUGGCAUGGCCUCCAUCCUCACCGUGAAGAAUCCCUCCGAGAUUAGUGGCGCUUCGUUACCGCACACCGUCUUAAUGGAUUUGAUAUCGUACUCUCGAUCACCCGCAUCUUCUGCUGUGCGAGUUGAGGCAUUCCAGGCUAUCAAGGCUGCAGUUCAUAACUAUCCAAUGAUAGUGCCCAGCUACUGGGACCAAGUAUUUAAGACCGUGGCUGAGGUGGUUGACAUGGGGUGGGAGAAAGCACGCACGAGCCCAUCGAGUCCAGCAAGAGGUUCUCUGUCUGCUGGGUAUGCUCAACCUUCACGAAUAUGUGAUGACAAACUGGUGCAGAGUGCCAUCAAGCUUUUGGAUGAAACUCUUCGAGCACUAUCAGGCUUUGAAGUGCCAGAUGAGUCGAAUGAUGACAGCUUAUUGAAGGCUGCACCAAUGCAUUUGGGACCAAAAUCUCUUUUUGCCCCCUCUAGUAGCAUGGAAUCUGUUCGAGCAGAUGAUGGAUGUCCACAAUGGCUUCAAGCUCUUGACCGUCUCUUGCCUGCGGCAUUGAUUCACAGUGCACCUAUGGUUCGAGGAGCAGCGUUAACAUGUUUUGCUGGGUUGACACCAGCUGUAUUUUCUGCCUUACCGGUCCAGAAGCAGGAGUUCAUUAUUUCUUCUGUGAUGCGUGCCUCUCGUGAAGAUGAUACACCGGCAGUGCGUUCAGCAGCUUGUCGGGCUGUUGGUGUCACUGUGGGAUUUCCUCAAGUAUCAAAGGGCAAGGAGAAGGUUAUUCCGAUAAUUAAUCUUCUUCUGUCGAGAAUGGAAGACAUCUCUGCUGCGGUUCGGAUCACUGCUUCAUGGGCUGUAGCAAAUCUCUGUGAUGCUCUCUGCAGCAUUGCGGAGACAGAUGAUGCUAAGGAAGCUAACUACCCGUUGGAAGAUGUGCCACUUGGGUCCUUGGCCGAGUGCACCUUCAAGGCUGCAAAUGAUGGCGAUAAGGUGCGUGCCAACGUCGUGAGAGCUCUCGGCAACCUUGCAAGAUUUGUUGACUUUAGUGACAUAGAGAUGGGGCACAAAAAUGUUGUCUAUUCUCGUACAAAUCAAACCCCUGCCUCACAAUGGUUGGGUACAAUGGUGCAAACAUUUGUGUCAUGCGUAACAACAGGGAAUGUUAAGGUGCAAUGGAAUGUUUGCCAUGCUCUCGGGAACCUGUUUUUGAACCGAAGUAUUCAACUAUCAUCUGCACCGUGGGCAUUGUCCGUCUUCAGUAUACUCCUGUUACUGUUGCGGGGUUCAUCCAACUUCAAGAUUCGCAUGCAUGCUGCCUCUGCCUUAGCUGUUCCAAAUUCACGAGAAGAUUACGGAGUGACCUACGGAGAUGUGGUGCAAACCCUUAUACAGUCACUGGACUCUUUAGAAAACGAUGCUGGCACUGGACCAACAUCAAUGAAGUAUCAAGCAGCUCUUGCAGAUCAGCUCAAUCGUUCUACGAUUCAUGUGCUAGCGCUAGGGCAACCACAGGACUACGACAUUCUGAAGGACAUGCUUCCCAAACGGACUAGUUUCUUACACAAGUGGCUCUCUACGGUACUGCUUUCGACGAGAAGGGACUUACCCUGGAGUGGUGAGCUGUACGAAGAGGAAGUUUUCGGGACUACAAGCAAACCUGUUUGUACAUCGGAAUACGAUGAAAAGCCGUUACCUCCUCCAAGGGACCAACAUGGCUACCGCCUUAUUGAGAAUCAAGAGUUGUGUGGUACCAGCGACAAGGUCUCGUCUAGAUGUGUCGACGCUGAAAGGGCCGUCCUAGCUCUCAGUUCCAUGUACAUGCAUGGCGGAAAAAUCACCGCUGCCCAAAAUUUCCAGAAGCUGUUGUAGUCCCAGUUCUUGCAACACUUUCAACUUGGCUUCUUUUCUUGUUAGUUCUAAAUUGGUGAGGGCCCCACCUCGUUAUAUCCGCUAUAUUUUCCAUCUUCGCCCCCACCUGCUUCAGCUCCUUCAAUUCAAAGCCUCUUAAUCCUUGAAGUCCCAGUGGGAAGAAGACAGUUAAUUAGUUAGUUGGUUUCUGAGGCAUAUUCUUCUGCCCAUCCCUCGGCAUGGCAUGGCAACUUCAUGUGGGUGUGUUAUUGGGUAUCUACACUUGUUUUUUGUGGACUUUUUGCAUGAUCAAUUAUCUAGUUUGAUGGCUAGAUGCAUCAACACACAAAGAGUUGGAAUGCAUUUAUUGAAAAGAAUUCAAAUUUU